AUGGCCACACCGCAGACCUCGCCGCCCCCUUCCGAACGCACCCCCCUCCUCUCCGGCCCUGAAGAUGACUCUCGAUCAAAUUACUCUGACCAGCCCAACGGCGAUGUGAACCCUCCCUUGCCCGAGUCGCUAGAUUCCCCAAAACCCAAGAAGCAACCGAGAUGGCCAAGCAUAAUAGCUCUGACUAUUCUAUGUCUGGUCGUGGUGGCAGUAUGCUUUGGACUCACCUUACCAUCUACAAUCCAAGAAUAUGCGAAAGAAGCCGUUGUCUUCGAGCCCACUAGGCUUUCCAUCGAUUCCUUUACCUCUCUCGGUAUCCGUGCUAGGGUUCAAGGGGAUUUUUACAUGGAUGCUUCAAGAGUCCGCAACAAGGCCACAAGGAGUCUCGGCAGAUUUGGGACCUGGCUGGCUAAAGAAGUCAAGACCGGAGAGUCAGAGGUGAAUGUCUACCUUCCAGAGUACGACGAUGUCCUGUUAGGGACGGUCACCAUUCCUCCUGUCCGCGUCAGCAUCCGCAACCAUCAAUACAACCAUAUUGACCUCUUUGCUGAUCUGGAGCCGGGUGAUCUUGACGGUGUCCGCCGAGUUGCCAAGGAUUUCAUGGAUCGAAAACUCGACGAAAUCACCGUCAAUGCCGUUGCAACCGUCUCUCUGAAAAGUGGAUUGAUCAAGCUGGGCAAACAAACCAUUUCGCAAACUCUGCAAUUCAAGGGUCAGGAUGUGCCAUCGGUUCCAAACUUUGAUAUUCAACAACUUCGUUUUGCGGAAUAUGGGAUGCCUGGACAUCCCGAGGGCGUUAAGGCUAUGGCCAUGGUUUCUGUCAUGAAUCAAUAUCCCGUCAAAUUCGAUGUGCCACCGUUGGCGUUCGAAAUCCUUCUCCCAGACUGCUCAGAGAAUUACCUCUUCUUCGGAACAGCCAAGACGGAUGUCAUCCAUAUCUUGCCAAAGCGGAACGUUAGCGCCGAUGUGACUGGCUUGGUGAAGCAGUUGCCUACAUCUCUGACGUCUGUAUGCCCUGGCUCGAAAACCUCCCCUUUGGACAGUCUGGUUGCCGACUACCUCGCUGGCCGAGAUACCACUGUCUACAUCCGCGGGGGACAACAAGACGAGACCACUCCGGAUUGGAUAGGAAAGCUUUUACAGGAUACCAUGCUCCCAUUUUCGCUUCCUGGUCAUCCUUUUGACAAUCUCAUCAAAAAUUUCUCUUUGGCGGAUGUUCAUUUUGCUCUGCCAGAUCCGAUGACGGAUUCACGGCCGGAGAUAUCAGCGGUCGUCAAAGUCUUGAUCGGCUUACCCGCGGAAAUGAACGUCAAUCUGGAUGUUGAUAGGGUCAGAGCCGACUCUGACGUCUUCUACAAAGGGGAGCUCCUCGGCAACCUUGACCUCUCCAAAUGGCAAGCGGCGAAUGCGACGCAGGUGGAUGAUGACUUACUGAUCCAGUCCAUCGUCAAGGAUGCACCGCUUGAGAUCAAGAACCAGGCGUUAUUCUCCCAAGUCGUCCAGGCGCUGAUAUUCGGCAAAGGGGCUUCGCUCUCGGUGCAAGCAACCGUUGACGUCAACACCCAUACCGCAUUGGGAGAAUUUGUAGUCCGAAGAAUACCAGCACAGGGCGAGAUCUUCAUCAAGCCCCUUCGCGCUGGGGAUUUCCAGAUGCCGGAAAUAAAGGGUAUGGAAGUCGUUGCCACGUCCGAAACCUCAUUAACUCUACAGGCAAGGGUUAAUGUGACGAAUCCCACGGACUAUUCGGCCACGAUUCCGUACUGCAAUGUCAGCAUCUGGGUCAACGACACUCGCGUCGGUUAUGCAUGGGCGACUUCACAGCAUGUCGUGCCGGGUCCCAACAACCUCACGGCCAAUGCUUCAUGGGAAGUGGGUAAAAUUGGACGAGAAUGGCUUUCUCAAUAUAUCUCGGGGUACAAUACGAGUCUGACUAUCAAGAGCCACACUGGCUCGAUACCGAAUUUUCCUGAUCCCGGUGUGGAAAUGACAGUCCCAGCUCCACAUAUGCUGUCGCAUCCCCUGAGAGAAGCAACGAUGCACAUAUUUUCCUCAACCGCAACAUUCAUUCUGGUGUCGCCGCUCGCCUUCUACGUCACCAACAUUGCAGCAGCAGCUUUUUACAACGGGUCAGAGGUCGGAACAAUCGAAUGGAACUACCCGUUUGCGAUCGAGCCCGGAGAGAAUCUAACGCCAAAACUGCCCGUCGAAUGGGGUGGGAACGCACUGGGCACCAUCAGGGAUGCGCUUGGCGGCACCCUGAAAUUGGAUGCUAAGGCGGAUGUUGGCGUAAGGAUAGGUAAGUGGCAGGAAAACAUCUGGUACGAAGGAAAGGGGUUGGGAGCGAAGAUUAGACUGUAG